AUGGCAGCAGCAGCGGCGGCUGCAGCUUUGUCGAAGGUGUUAGUGGUGGCGGACCUGAUAUUCUUGUUGUGCACCGCCACCAAUUUCUCAGCUUCAAUGGUGACGGCAGCCACCUGGUGUGUGGCCAGGAGUGAUGUCAUCGACCAAACUUUACAAACGGCUCUUAAUUACGCAUGCGGGGCAGGUGCAGACUGUGCACCAAUUCAAUCUUCUGGGAUGUGUUAUCUUCCGAAUACACUUCAAGCCCAUGCCUCGUAUGCCUUCAACAAUUAUUUUCAGCGCAGGGGCAAUGAACCUGGCUCCUGCUCAUUUGCUGGCACUGCCACCAUAGCUAAAACUGACCCAAGCUACGGAUCCUGUGUCUAUCCAUCAUCUCCAAGGUAUUUUUCUUUAAAGCUUUUAUUCCUUUUCCGAAAGCUGGUUAUUUGCCUUCUAAAUUGCUGUCAUAACUAG